ACAUCAGGCAUACAUCUCUCACAAUCUGCUGCUGUUUGGGUUGCAGUGGAAUAGGAGGGUCUACGGUGCGGUGGAAGUGAAGUAGCAGGCGGGGUGGCAGUGGCACAGCAGUUGAAGGCAGGGCGGCACAGGAAAGGCGUGCGUACCGAAGGGACGCGUUGAUUGACAGUCGGAGGCACUGCGCCCCGUGCGGCACGCAAACGGAGCACGCUAAUCCCCCGUACUCGUCUCGUCAAAGGCAUCCCUGCCAGAUCAGCCUGGCGCAAAUAAAUGAGGCUUCAGCCAUCCAUUGGACUCGGCACUUGGAGUCUUCCUGCCGAAUGAACGAGAAAAAGGACCACGGCGGCUCUGCGACCCUGUCCCAUCCUCUUUACCUGUUCAGUCAGAACUGGUCACAGUGCUGGGCUAACGUGGCGUCCUAAAGUAUCCUGGAAACGGGUGUGGAUGGACAAAAAGGUCCGGUUGCACUUUGCAAUCUGUGCCAAAAGAAGAUUUUGUCGGUUCCUUUUUUUAAUGGAGUAAAAAGGACUGCGACUUUGCUUUCGGGAUCUUUUUUGGGGUUAAUUUUUGUUUUUUUGUUAAUUUCCACACAAUUGCGAUGCGUUUGUGAGUCAAGUUACACACCCUGGAGCCUGUAAGCACAGCUUUUCAUUCUUUCAAAUUGGAAUAACGGCCAGAUCAGGAGACACUCUCGGGAGGAAUUUUGGUGCGUAAUUUGUGCGGUGUGUGCGGUUGUUGAGCCGCAGAAGUAGUUGUGCCUCCCUUCUUUUUUCUUUUCUUUUCUACAUUUAUUCCCCAAUUUCCAUGGAAUAGGCUUAAGCACAGGUACAGACUUAUUCUCUGUCGCCUGGAACAAACAGGCGGAUCUGAUGCGCAGAUUCUCCGUAGGAUGGUAAAUGACCAAUGGGGAAUCAUGAACAGCUCUUCUGAACUCGAAGAUGGGACUCGGCAUAAAAACCAGACGUUCUGUGAGUGUGUGCCCAGCUCCUCCCAGCUCAAACAUCGCUGGUCAGACUCAGAAACUGCCAGGGAGACCCCGGCCAAGAGGAUGAGCUGCAGCUACCUUCUCUGCACUAUCCUGCUCUUUGUGGCUGUUUUGCUGGCUGUUACUGUAACAGGCACCAUCCUUUUUAUGAAUCACUACCAAGCCCCACCCAUGUCUGAUGGCCUACCUCACAUCUCGACCAAUCAGGAUGAAGCCAAUGCCCUGGUCACCGUUGAGAGAGGCGAUGGCUCUCGUAUCAACAUCUUCAUCGACCCAAACUGUCCUGACUACAACAGUAACUUUUUGCGCCUGGAAGGUGUGCAGACGUCACUGCUUCACUCACUAACCGACCACGACUCUGACCUGAAGUCUGUGAAAGGCCAGGAUCGGGCUCUUCUUGUCAGUCUGGCUGAGGAGGUGGCCAAGCUGUCAGCUCAUGCGGGACAACUGAAAAUGGACUACGAAUCCUUACGCCGGGGACAGGGCAGCCUUGGGCAAGACCUCAACACACUGCAGACGGAGCAGGGACGCCUCAUACAGCUGCUGUCAGACAGUCAAAUCAACAUGGUGAAGGUAGUGAACUCAGUGAGUGAUGCUCUUAACGCCAUGCAGAAGGAGAACGUGGGCCUGAAGGCGCGUGUCAAGGCCGACUUGCAGAGGGCUCCGGUCAGAGGGGCCCGUUUCAAGGGCUGCGCCAAUGGCUCACGUCCCCGUGACUGUGGUGAUCUGUACGCCAGUGGUCAAAGAGAGGACGGCAUCUACUCAGUGUUUCCUAUUCACCACCCCGCAGGCUUCCAGGUCUACUGUGACAUGACCACAGAUGGAGGAGGCUGGACGGUAAUCCAGCGCAGGGAGGAUGGCUCAGUAAACUUCUUCAGAGCCUGGGAGUCCUAUCGUGAGGGAUUUGGCAAGAUCACCGGUGAACACUGGCUCGGGCUGAAGCAGAUCCAUGCCCUGUCCAUCCAGGGGAACUAUGAGCUACGUAUCGACUUGGAGGACUUUGAAAAUAGCACCGCUUAUGCCCAGUAUGGAACCUUUGGAGUGGGCCUCUUCUCAGUAGACCCUGAUGAUGAUGGAUAUCCUUUGACUGUGGGAGACUAUUCUGGCAAUGCAGGUGACUCUCUGCUGAAGCACAACGGGAUGAAGUUCACCACCAAAGACCGAGAUAACGACCACUCGGAGAACAACUGCGCCUCCUUCUACCACGGUGCUUGGUGGUACCGCAACUGCCACACCUCCAACCUUAACGGCCAGUACCUGCGCGGCCAGCACACCUCCUACGCCGAUGGCAUUGAGUGGUCCUCCUGGACUGGCUGGCAGUACUCUCUCAAGUUCUCCGAGAUGAAGAUACGACCUACCCGCGAUUCAGAGAAUAAAUAAGCUAGACAAGGAGAAAGUAGAAAAAAAAGAAGACCUUUUUUUAAAACCACAAUUUCUGACAGCUAGGUGGAGUUACUUGUCCUGAUAUAGUUUAUUCACUAAAACAUACCUCCUUUGAGUUUAUUUGACUCUGCUGUUUGCCCAUUGUUCCUUUCUUUGAAAAAAAAAUAAUAAUAAUAAUGCAACCAUCUUUUUUUUUUUUUAUCAUUCACUUCACAAAAACAGCAAACCAUAGCUUCGAACCCACAGUCCACUGCGCUAGCUUUAUUCAGUCUGACAUGGUGGUCCAAGCAUCGCCUGCUGGACCACACCAGUAAUUCACUCCUGACAUGUAACUCUGACCUCACAUCUGUGCUGACAUGGCACUUUGAUUGUGGUUCAGUCUCACUGCCCCUUGCUGUUUAAUAUAUGAAUAGAUAGAGUUGCUCCAAAUAUAGUAGAAACAGGCAAACCUUUCACAAAAUAUGGAAAGGAGAUACAAAUUCUCUGCAAAGGAAGUCCAAAGUUUCACCAGUGAGAAGGGACAGUGCAGUGGUACACAACGUCACAUUUACAUCCUUGAUCUGUGUGAAUGAGACCCAGCAGGGUUGUGGCAAAAAAGUGCGGGGCCGCAGAUAAUAAGAGGGAGACAGAGACGAAGAGAGUGAGGAAACCAUUUGACAAGACUUAAUUUAGUCAAAGGAAAGGGGGGCAGAGUGAAUCAAAGGGGAAGUGAGGAAGUGGAAGAAGAGGUGUAAAAAGGAUGAAAAAGAAAAAUGAGAAAAAGAACAAGACAACGGAGGAUCUCAUUCAUCUGACUUGGGCCAUUAGGGAGCAUAUUGGGCACUUUGUCUGAUCUGCCUGCCAGCUGAGUACUGGCCAACUGAUGCAGCACUCACAGAUGGUAACCCAGCACUUUGUGUGUUUGUGUGUGUGUUUGCGUGUGUGUGUGUGUGUGUGUGUGUGUGUGUGUGUGUGUGUCUACAACAGAGAGAGACAGACAGAGUUCUCUAACAUUAUCAAUUUCCUGUCAUGAGUUCAGUAGAGCAUCUCGACUGACAACAAUGUUUAGCACAGAUGGACUAAAUAUGAUGCAUGGCUAGCAUACCUUCACACUCUCCAUUUUAAGUAGUUAACAUGAAAUAACAAAGCCUGUAAUGUAUGUUGAUAUAAUAGGAAGGAAAAGACAUUGACAACUAUUGGAGGAGACCAUCGGGAUCACAGAAUGAAAGAGGAGUAAAAGACUGCCUCAUACCUUCCCCAGUCGAUAUUGUUUCUUGGACCUGUUGAGGAAAUAUUACAUGUUUUUGCCCCCAUUCCCACCUCUUUGUUUUCUCCUCUGUUUUGUAUUAUUUCUCUUUUUCUGGUUAUUGAUUAUAGGAUAUAUUUGUGUGACACAGUUUCACUUGUCAUGCAAAGGCUGAGAAAGUUGCUGUAAAUUAAGAUUUUACGCUUUCAACUGCUGUCUUCUGAGUAAGUCUUAUGGCAAAAACAAACAAAAAAACACAAAGGCAGGAAAUAGUGCAAUCCUCAUUUUCCAUCUCUUUUUUUUUUUUUUUUUUUAAGUCGGUGGAUCAACUUUUUCACUUUAUCAAGUUCAUUUGGAUGUACUAAAAGCUUUAAAAAAAAUAUCUGUAGAAAUUUUAUUGUACAGUGUGUGUAUGACCUUUUAGAGCAUGUAAAGCUGUUUUCUUACUAUGCUAAAACACAAAGAAUACUCAAGCACAUGGACUCUUCAAAAUCCACUGAAAAAAAGAAGGAAAAAAGAAGUAAAUGAAGUGAAUCAAGAAGUAUUUAAAGAACUUUUUCCCUUCCUCUACCUAAACAACAAGCGGGAGGGCCCGUGCUGCUCUGAAGGUUGGAUGUGAGUGAAGAGGAGGACUGAGAUUAUCCCUAAAGCACAUGCCGGUUCAGAUCUGCAGCACAAAUAUAAAUCUUUUACGGAAGCACAACGAGAGAGAUUUUAAACCUCCAGGCACAUUAGCUGCCUUGCUGGACAUAUGUGAUCUUUCUGACAUCUUGGCUUUGGAAAGUCCUGGCAGACAGGAGACAGUUUUGAAUGUGUGCUGAAGGGUGUUGCCCUCGCUGACAGUUUGUUAAUGUGUAUAGCACUGAAAACAUCUGUGAAUUUGUCAUCACUGGUGCUAGGAAGGAUCUCCCACUGCUGCGUGCGUCUCUGCAGCACCUCGGCUGUGCACAUACAGCUACUCGUCAUGUCUCGUGGACUGCUGCCACCUCUUCUUCAACAUAAAAGCACAGACACAUGUUACAAAUACUUGCUGGUGUUAUUAAGGAACAGAGUAUGAGGUUUGAUAAUGUCAGAGGAAGUCAAUAUUGUAAUGUAUAAGAUCACUCAAGAAGAAGGAACCUGACUCCAUGUGAACAUGUUUGUGUCUCUGUCUUAGAGAGAGAGAGAAAGUGUGUGUGUGCGCGUGUGUGUGUGCGUGUGUGUGUGUGUGUGCGCGUGCGUUUGUAUGUGUGUGUGCGUCUGCACAUGGGUGCGUCUGCACAUGUGUGCGUCUACAGUGUCUCUGUGUGUACACAUAUAUGCACAUGCUUUGGUUUGUACAUGCCGAUGUGCAUGAGCCAGACGACGGGAGGCUGAGUGCGUCUCUCUGUGGAAUUUUGCAGUAAUGUGAUGCUUAUGUACAACUUGCCUCCCCUGCUAUUUGUGUUGAUAACAGAGAGAUUUACAUAACUAUAAUGAACUAUUACUCAUUGUGAUCGUGAACCCAUGAGUGGACACCACCUCUGGUACUGUGUUGAACUGCGCUCGUACCCCAAAACCCAGAGAACCCCCUCCCAAAACCUUGAUUCACCUCCACGCGCCAUGUUGUGCUCACUGUAUAUGUUGAUGCUACCCCUUGUUAUUUAAAUGUAAAGUAUUAUUUGCCAUGCCCCUUUCUCUGUUCAUUUUCAGUGAAUGCUUUUUAUAGCCCCUCUCUCCGCUGCAGCUUACAAAGUCACCAACUGAAGAGCUGAUAAAAGAGUGAAAUCAGAGUUUCUAAUCAUUCCCAGUUAUCCCGCUCAUUACGGUGCAUCAGCUCUCCCUGAUCGAUCCCCCAGGUCCCCAAAUCUUUCUUACUGUGUACCUCCUUAAUUGCCUUAGCCUCUGCUGCCAAUUCCCCCUCACUCCAUAGCUUCUAAACUCUCCUCCUCUCCUCCUUUACAGCGCCCGUCUCCCUGCCUCUCUGUAUUGCUCUGCUUUUUGCUCCACUCUCCUCUCCCCUUAGUCCUCCCAUUCCUUUCAGUCCCCGCGCAGAACUAACUGUUUUCUUUUUCUUUUCUUUUUUUGGUGAAGUACUAUAGAUUGUUUUGCUGACUCUUGAUACUGUGUUUUAAUGUUCUUGUCAACAUUUAAUAAACAUUCACAUUUUAUAAAUGGG